AUGACGCCUCCACCAAUCAAACACAAAGCCUUGCUUAAUGUUGAUAUGGGGGAAGGGCACGGCAAUUAUGUCUGCGGUCCAGACUUGGAGUUGCUGCCGUUUAUUGAUCACGCCAAUGUGGCAUGUGGGUUUCACGCGGGGGAUCCUUUGAUAAUGCUGGACACUGUCAGGAAUUGUAAGAAACAUAAUAUCAAAGUCGGGGCACACCCUGGACUUCCUGAUAUACAAGGUUUUGGCAGACGUGAGAUCAAAAUGUCCCAGGAGGAGCUGACAGCCAUCACGGUAUACCAAGUUGGAGCAUUGAAGGGUUUCCUUGAUCUAGAAGGUGUCCCCUUGCAUCACGUCAAGCCCCACGGUAUUUUGUACGGAAUGAUGUGCCGUGACUAUGAUAUUGCCAAAGCAGUCAUGGAAGGAGUCCCCAAAGGCGUUCCUGUCUUCGGCCUUGCAGGCACAAACAUGGAAAAGGCUGCCAACGAUCUUGGUAUCCCCUUCUGGGCGGAGAUGUACGGAGACGUAAAAUACAGCAACGAUGGCAUGCUCGUGAUUGACAGGAAGAAGAAGGCGUGGGAUCUGGAAGAUGUCAGAAAACAUGUCAGUCAACAGCUCAACUCACAGUCCGUUACCGCGACGGAUGGCAGUGUCGUGCAGCUGCCAGUGAAGGAUUAUCCGAUAUCCAUAUGCUGCCAUUCAGACUCUCCUGGUUGUCUUGGAAUAAUCAAGACCACAAAGGACGUGAUUGACAAGUUCAACAAAGAACACGGAAGGAUAUGA